CUAAAGACUAAAGUGUAAAAGAAAAUGUUUACUCGAAAUAUAAUAUAUAUUUUAAUAAUUUCUAUAGUUUUGUUACAACUCGCCUGGUCUAAACCUACAACUCAGGAUGAAACUUCUGAGAUGAAGCUUUUGAAAGCUCAAGAUUUAUGUUUACAAAAAACCAAAUAUGAUGGCAUGGAACCUGCGGAAACCGACAGUCAAUUAACACCCACAAAUCAAUUGCUUAAAUUUACACUAAGAGCUUUUCAGCAACUCUCCUUGCAAUAUGCUGAAACGGCCAAAAAUAUCAGUGAACAUUUACAAAAAGAUCCGGAAAUUUUGAAUUCCAAAUCGAUGAAAAUACAAGAAUUUAAACAGAAUUUAACACAAUUUGAAGAGAAAUAUACUUUAUGCGAUGGUCUAGAUGAAUUAUUCGACUUAGCGGAAUUGUAUUCGAAUACCACUUCAUUUUAUUACGACCUCGAGGAGUCAGAUCUAAACGUGGACUCAAAAUUAAUUUUGUCUCUUUUGAGGAAAUAUGGUUCCGAAGAUUUAGAUAAUGAUUUCGAAAAAUACUUUAAUGUUUUUGUUGAUAAUUUCGAAAAGAAACUUGAAGAUCUUAUGGAGAAUUUGCGUAAGGAUGAGGAUAAAGCUAGUAAAUUAGUACUGGAAUGGUAUGAUACGUUUAAGGCCCUUAAGAAUUAUGAUGAUAAAAUAAAUGCUUUUGAGAAAUUCUUUACAUUUUUUGAUCCCGACGGCAACUGAGAGAUUGUGUUUGGAGUAACAUUUAUAAUAUUGUGCAAAAAAGGUUCAAGAGACAAAUAAAUUAUGUCCUUAUCAGA